AUGAGAGAGUUCGUCAACAUUCCACUGGUACAUAUUCUUACUCUGGUUGCCUUCAGCGGGACUGAGAAACUUCCAAAAGCCCCUGUCAUCACCACUCCUCUUGAAACAGUGGACGCUCUAGUUGAAGAGGUGGCUACUUUUAUGUGUGCAGUGGAAUCCUAUCCCCAGCCUGAAAUUUCCUGGACUCGAAAUAAAAUUCUCAUUAAGCUCUUUGAUACCCGGUACAGCAUUCGGGAGAAUGGGCAGCUCCUCACCAUCCUAAGCGUGGAAGACAGCGAUGACGGCAUUUACUGCUGCAUAGCGAACAAUGGUGUCGGAGGCGCUGCGGAGAGUUGUGGAGCUCUGCAAGUGAAAAUGAAACCUAAAAUAACUCGUCCUCCCAUAAACGUAAAAAUAAUAGAAGGAUUAAAAGCAGUUCUACCAUGUACAACAAUGGGCAAUCCCAAACCUUCAGUUUCCUGGAUUAAGGGGGAGAGCACUCUCAGGGAAAAUUCUCGAAUUGCAGUUCUUGAAUCUGGGAGUUUAAGGAUUCAUAAUGUGCAAAAGGAAGAUGCGGGACAUUACAGAUGUGUGGCCAAAAACAGCCUGGGUACAGCAUAUUCCAAAGUGGUCAAACUGGAAGUUGAGGAAGAGAGUGAACCUGAGCAAGAUACUAAAGUUUUUGCAAGAAUCCUGCGAGCUCCUGAAUCCCACAAUGUCACCUUUGGCUCCUUUGUGACGCUACGUUGUACAGCAACAGGCAUCCCUGUCCCCACCGUCACCUGGAUUGAAAAUGGAAUUGCUGUUUCUUCUGGGUCCAUUCAAGAAAGCGUAAAAGACCGAGUUAUUGACUCAAGACUGCAGCUCUUUAUCACCAAGCCAGGACUGUACACAUGUAUAGCUACAAAUAAGCAUGGAGAAAAAUUCACUACUGCAAAGGCAGCAGCCACCAUCAGCAUAGCAGAAUGGAGCAAACCACAGAGAGAUAAUAAAGGCUACUGUGCCCAGUACAGAGGGGAGGUGUGUAAUGCCGUCCUGGCAAAAGAUGCUCUUGUUUUCUACAACAACUCCUAUGGGGAACCUGAGGAGGCCCAGGAAUUACUUGUCCACACUGCCUGGAACGAGUUGAAAGCAGUGAGUCCAUUUUGCCGGCCAGCUGCCGAGGCUUUGCUGUGUCAUCACAUCUUCCAAGGUUGCAACCCGGAAGAAAUGCCUACUCCUAUCCCCAUUUGCAGAGAAUAUUGCUUGGCAGUCAAGGAGCUUUUCUGUGCAAAAGAAUGGCUGGCGAUGGAAGAUAAAAGCCACCGAGGACCCUACAGAUCCGGGAUAUAUCCCCUCUCCCUGCCAGAAUGCAACAAGCUUCCCAGCAUGCACUGGGAACCCCUGGCCUGUACCAGACUGCCUUAUUUAGCAUUCCCACCAAUUACAUCCUCAAAGCCAGGAGUGGACAUUCCAAAUAUGCCUUCUUCCUCCACCUCCUCCUUUUCAGUCUCACCGGCAUACUCCAUGACUGUAAUCAUCUCCAUCAUGUCCAGCUUUGCAAUAUUUGUGCUUCUGACCAUAACUACACUUUAUUGCUGUCGAAGACGAAAGCAAUGGAAAAAUAAGAAAAGAGAAUCAGCAGCAGUAACCCUCACUACACUUCCUUCUGAGCUCUUGCUAGACAGACUUCAUCCCAACCCCAUGUACCAGAGGAUGCCGCUCCUUCUGAAUCCCAAACUGAUCACCCUGGAGUAUCCGAGGAAUAACAUUGAGUAUGUGAGGGACAUUGGAGAGGGCGCAUUUGGACGAGUCUUUCAAGCAAGGGCUCCAGGCUUGCUGCCCUAUGAACCUUUCACUAUGGUGGCAGUGAAAAUGCUCAAAGAAGAAGCCUCUGCAGACAUGCAAGCUGACUUUCAGAGGGAGGCAGCCCUGAUGGCAGAAUUUGAUAACCCUAAUAUUGUGAAGCUCUUAGGCGUGUGCGCCGUGGGGAAACCCAUGUGCCUGCUCUUUGAAUACAUGGCCUACGGCGACCUCAACGAGUUCCUGCGCAGCAUGGACCCCCAGCAGAGCGCCUGCACCCUCAGCCACAGCGACCUGUCGGCGGGCACGCCGCAGCCCUCCAGCCCCGCGCCGCCGCCGCUGACCUGCGCCGAGCAGCUGGGCAUCGCCCGGCAGGUGGCCGCGGGCAUGGCUUACCUGUCGGAGCGCAAGUUCGUGCACCGGGACCUGGCCACCAGGAACUGCCUGGUGGGGGAGAACAUGGUGGUGAAAAUCGCUGACUUUGGCCUCUCCAGGAACAUUUACUCCGCCGACUACUACAAAGCCAACGAGAACGACGCGAUCCCCAUCCGCUGGAUGCCCCCCGAGUCCAUUUUCUACAACCGCUACACCACCGAGUCGGACGUGUGGGCCUACGGGGUGGUCCUGUGGGAGAUCUUCUCCUACGGGCUGCAGCCCUACUACGGGAUGGCGCACGAGGAGGUCAUCUUCUACGUGCGGGACGGCAACAUCCUGGCCUGCCCCGAGAACUGCCCCCUGGAGCUCUACAACCUCAUGCGCCUGUGCUGGAGCAGGCUGCCCUCCGACCGGCCCAGCUUCGCCAGCAUUCACCGCAUCCUGGAACGCAUGUGUCAGCGGGCCGAGGGUGCCGUGGGGGUCUGA